AUGCGUUCAAACUACUUUCAAAAGCACGCAGCAUCACAAUAUUCAACUGAUUCUUCAAAUGUAGUACAGCUGACAUUUGAGUGGCUUUGCAAUGGUGUUCGAAAAACAGUUCCUGCAAACGUUGGUGAUACUCUUCUCGAAGUCAUUUUAGACAACGAACUUGAUAUCGACGGGUUUGGUGCCUGUGGGGGUGAGCUUGCUUGUUCAACCUGUCACCUAAUUUUGAGUGAUGACAUCUAUAAUAAGCUCCCAAAUCCACCCUCUGAAGAAGAAACAGAUUUGUUGGACUUAGCUCCAGUUAUAACGGAUACCGUUUCAUCCCAAGAAUUUUCACACCUUGUGACAUUUAAACACCAAUUCACUGAAAAUUUUCUUGGAACUGGUUUGUGCUGCACUAAUUUUUCUGCUUUUGCUCAAUAUUUUCUUGUACUGUCCAGCUUGCUCUUCCUUUUUGAAAUCGAAAACGAGUUUUCAUGUUCAAUAUCGGUAUUAAUGCUUUUAAGUUGCAUUCUCUUAAAAAAAGAUGUGUCUCCAAUGUGUUUGUCUUUUGAGCUUUUUUUUACCAAAUGCCCCAAAUGCAUGCCUUCAGCCGCGGUAACUGCUGCUACUUUUUCCACACAGUUUCCCGCCGCUGCAUCCAUGCACUCAUCCCGACAGCGUUUAGCUAGUAUUCAGAUGGCAGAUUCCGCAUGGAAAGGUUUAUAA